AUGCGUGCCGGGCCACCCGGGCCGGCGGCGGCGAACGCGCCCCUGCACUCACAUGGACACAAAUGCGUGACUAGGUCGAGGUUGCGCGUGACAAACACCAAGAGGUACAGCUCCAGGGCUUUGAGGGAGAUGCCUGGGCAGGCCGCGGCGGCGGCGGUCGCGGCGGUGGUGUGGUGGGCUGCACAGUGCUGGGGCCCCGCUGGACCUGGCGUGGUGCCAAAAAGCGGGCGCGCUGCGGGACGCAAGGGCCGAGGCGCCGAUGUGGAUGGGAGGGCCGAUGAGGAGGCUGAGGGGAAGAAGGGCGGGGGCGACAGCGGGGAGGACAUUAAGGAGGAGGAGAGGAGGUUGCGCCGGGCGGCUAGCGGCGGCUGGGCGGCCACCUGA